AUGGAAAACCGCACAUACCUUUGGGUUAAUCUGCUCAUGGAGGACCUACAGUAUGGAAUCGAGAGUGGGGAUAGGUUCAACAUUCGAGAUCUCGACCAUAUACCUAUGAGUGUCGAUGCAGCAUACGAAAAACUCCUAGAUAGACACACGGACAGUUUCCGCGGUCGCCGUGACGCUCUGCUCUUGCUACAUCUUGUUGUUGGUGCUAAACGACCGAUGACCGUGAAAGAGAUGGACGUGGCCUUCAAUCUGGCACAAGAAAGUCUAGAUGGCGCUUCUGAUUACGAUCUUGGCAACGAUUUCCUCGAUCGAGACCGUUUUACCACAAGGAUUCGAAACCUCUGUGGCUUUUUUGUUACCGUUGUGGACGACAAGAUUUGUCUCAUUCAUCAGACAGCAAAGGACUUUUUGCUUGCGCGGAACCCAGAAGUUGAGGUCGUUUCACGGCCGUUUGCCAUGAAUAAAGUCAUCGCGGGGGAAAAUCUUACAAAGCAUUGGAAAGAAUCUGUUCAUCGUUCGACAUAUAGCUCAUUAUGGGCUCAUGUUACCGUAUCUUGCUUGUUAAUUCUUGACUACGAGUCCAAAAACGUGCUUCCUGUUUAUGGCGACCGUGGCCAAAUACAAGCCCUCUUCAAGUAUUCUGCAAUACACUGGGGGGAUCACUUUCUCAAUGCAGCGUUCCCGCGGGAGCACACAAUCCAAUCGAAAGCACUUCGCCUAUACAACGCUGCUCAGGAUGGCUCAAGCUUUUGGUUUGAUUUGUAUCAAACGCAUCACUUCAAGGCAAAAUGUUCUCAAGUCCCACCCACCUCGCUAGUCGUUGCAUGUCUUUUAGGCCAUUCGUACCCUGCAGAGGUACUAAUCCAGGACUUGGAGCCUGAAGACGCACAGAACUCCAGGUCUCGGUUGGCUCCCGUCUUUGCGGCCGUACACGGGGGCCAUAAGGAAAUGAUUCAAGUCCUUCUACAUCGCGGCUUUAUUCAAGAAAGAACGGGUAUUCACGGCCUCGCUGUCAUGAUCGCGGCUGCGAAUGGUAACGCUGGCAUUAUUCAAUUGCUAGUGAAACCUCGAGAGGGGAUUGACAAUUUCGAGGGUGAAGACCAUCUUUACCGCCAAUGUUUUCACUGGGCUGUUACGUCUGUUCCAUCUCUUGGCUUUGAGGAAGUAAUAACUAAUCUGGCCGCCGACGAAUCCGCAUUUAGUUCUGCUUUCGAGUACGUUCUCGAGCAAGCAGCUAUACUUGGUCAGGAGAAAAUCUUCUGGUUGGUGAUGAACAAGUAUUGCGAUAAUCCUAAGUUUGCACAAUUGAAACAAGGGUAUCUUCACCUUGCCUUGCAGGCUGCAGCAAGAAAUGGCAGUAUCAAUCUCACAAAGCGGCUAUUAGAGAAGGGGGCAUCUCCCAACCCGACGUACGCUCGAGGGGGCAACGCUCGAGUGGGCAACAGGAAACCGCCGGAACAAAGCCCAUGGCCAGGUCUAGAGCACGCUGGACUUUACAAUCCUAGCUCUAGGGAAGGCGUUUACUUGGAAUUAUAUGACAACAUCUUGAGGGAGGCUAUGGUGGCAUAUGCAGGUAGAAGGGUUUCUAGAAACAUGGAGGCCCUCGUUUUCAAAAUGAGAACCCCACUGCUUUCAGCCGUGAUGAAGAAUUGUGCGAGUAUUGUUUCUUUGCUAGUUGACCAUGGAGCGAGCAUAAACAAGGCAUCGCCAGUGCCGAUUCCUGAACUUGGACGCGCGAAUGCUCUUGAGAUCUCACUGCAAAACAAUUUUUCCGAGAUCUCUGCCCUCCUGAUAACGAAUGGAGCAGAGGUCCAAAAAUUUCAGUCUCCAAGGCGGAGAGAACAACUUGGACGAAAUUUUGUUUCUGUCGCCAAAAAGUUGCUUGGAGAGAGUUUCUCUAUCAAAACGGUGGGCCGUUCAGGCUAUGAAGCUGCUGUGCGGACAGCAAAGCGCCUUCACUGUAAGGAGCUUGUGGCCGAAUUAUUGAAGAAAGAGCCUUCGCUUGUGUGUCGAGACGAAGGCUCGCGUGAUAUACUGAAUACCCUCCCACCUGAAAUCAGGCGCAUUGCCGAACAGGCGAAUAAACAGAUGGGGGAAUGGGAAUUGAAGGAAAAGAAUGCACGCAGAUAG